AUGGUGGAAUCAGAAACAUUACAACUCCCCAUUACUAAGAUGCAAUGGGGUUUACGGGGAGCUCAGGUUUUUUUUGCUUUUCUCUCAAUGUCCUGCAUUGCUGCUGAAAUUGCCUUUGAUAAUAAGUUCAUGUCUAGUUCUAUUAUUUCAAAUAUCCACUUAUUUAUCGUUGUCUUGUCGAUAUUUGUAGCGGCAGCUACAGUUGCUAUUCCUUAUGCUUAUUUAACAUAUGGCAAAUUUCAAUCUGCAGCUAGAGCAUUGAGAAUACCCAGGAUAGAAUUUGUGCAUACAGCAAUAUGGUCAAUUCUUUUAUUUAUAGUUUCAUUAUCUUUGAGCUUGGAAUUAGGAUUUAGGGAUUGUGAUCCUUAUUCAGAAAAGUGGACUAGAAUUAACGCUACGUAUAGAAAUGACACUACUUUUAUCAAUGGUUUGCAAGGAAAUUGUAGAACAGCGCGUGCAGGACUUGCAUUUGGCUGGUUUGCAUUCGGAGCUUGGAUAUUUUCUCUUGCGGUAAUAGGGAAGGAUUGGUACGAUAGUAGACGCCAACCUUUACCAAAGCACAGUCCUCAUCGAGACGAGAUUACUAUGAACACUAAUUCAUCACGUUCGUCAUUUGAACAAGCGGGUGAACACAGGACUCAACAACCAUAUCAAGAGCAAGUUCAAAUGCAGAAUAUAACUAGUCAACCUUAUUCUCAACCUUAUUCUCAACAAGUGCCUUACAGCACGCCUCAACAAACUUUCGCACCAAUGGCAGGAAUAUUAUCUCAGCACGCUUCACCUAUCAUGACUCCAACAGGAAUGCCUCUCCCUGAACCUCAACCAAUUCCUACAGCUCCUACAGGUCCCGGUGUUGGAUUCCCUCAACCUCAACCACCCACCUACAAUACCAUCAAGCGACAUCCUUUUGCCCUUUUUGGAUUACCACUUGUUAUUUCAAUUGUGGCUGGCUCAUUUGCUCUUAGUCACUUGACAAAAACUAGAUAUGAUGUUCAUUCAAAUAAAAUUCGCAAGGUAGAAAAAGAAGAAUUGCUUCAAAUGAAUAAAGAAAGACAAGUAUUCAAUCUUCAAGAAGAAUAUUGGAAAUUACAAUCAGAUAAAGAACAACUUGAAAAUUGGGAAAACCAACGUGUUGAAAGAACCAAAGAUCAAUUUGACGGUGUUUUAUAA